UUCUGCUUCUACUUCUCCUUCUACUUCUGCUUCUGCUUCUGCUUUGGCUUCUCCUUCUCCUUCUGCUUCUGCUUCGGCUUCUGCUUCUACUUCUCCUUCUACUUCUGCUUCUGCUUCUGCUUCUGCUUCUGCUUCUGCUUUUGCUUCUCCUUCUCCUUCUGCUUCUGCUUCUGCUUCUACUUCUGCUUCUACUUCUCCUUCUACUUCUCCGCGUCCUGCAUCCGUUCCACAACUUAGCAAUCUAUCUCUCUCUGUCCUCGUUUGACCCCUUCGUCUCACAAUGGUGUAUCUCAAUGCCAUCUUUGAAGAAGAAGAGCGACGCCGCCUGAUCAGCGAAAUUUCAGAUGCCCUGGCCCAUGACCCUCUUCCCACGCAACUCCCAAUGGUGCGUGCAUGUCUCUGGCUGUCGGAUAUCGAGAACCUGCGUGCCCUGCAUGCCCUCCUCGACGGCUCGAUAGAUGUGCUUCUUGACCGUCUUUGCAUGAAAGAGAGCACUAAUAUUGUUGGGAAAUGGUCUCAGUUGGACAAAAAGAUUAACUCCCAGGUGGCAUCUCCCGUGGCAGUACGUGGCACCCCGACCCCAUCACCUCUGUCUCGUGUUCCGGGCAAGGAGUCCCCCAGGCUGGAAUCUUCCCCGGUUCCUCUCUCAAGCCCUCUGCCUGGAAUGGGUUCGGCUCCCGUGGCAUCAUUGCCCGUCACUAAAAGCGCGACACCAACACCGGCCCCCGUCCGACUUCGUCUGGACAUUCCUUCUUCUCCGACAAUAGAGCGGUUAUCAAAAAAGCAUCCUCUCAGCUCUCCCGUCACUCCUGGCACUAAGAGGAGGCGAAGCACAGCCGUGACCCAGCAAUGCAAGGACCGUGAUGGCAUGUGUAUUAUCACCUCAACACCGGCCGAGCUUAUCGACGUGUGUCAUCUGUAUCCAGCCUUGAUGGGUAACCGUGAUAGUCCCGGAGUGAUUGGAUUCUGGAGAACUAUUCGCCUCUUCUGGACAAAAGAGAAAGUGGAUAGCUGGUACAAUGCGAUCUUCGGCGAUGGGGCUGAUACGGAAAAGAUUGAGAAUAUGAUUUGCAUGAAUUCAUUUGCCCACCGCCUUCACGGAAAAAGCUUUUUUGCCUUUGAACCCUUAGAUAGGGAUCCUAAUGGCAAAUGGUUGACUCUCCGGUUCUGGUGGCUGAAACAACAGCAGGCGCCAAAAGAUGUCUCUAUUGGAGAAAUACCGGACUUCCCCGAUAACGAAGAUCCGACAAAGUACGGCGUCAACUUGUGGGAUAUGAUCUCGCAUCGACGAAUCAUCAGUGGUGAUACCUUCACUCUCAAGACCCCCGAUCCCGUCAAUCUCCCUCUCCCAGACACCCGUAUCAUGAGCCUACAGUGGCAUAUGAACAGAGUCGCUGCCAUGGCCGCAGCUGCCGAGCCCCAGGACCCGGACGACUACUCCGACGAUGAUGACGAUGAUGACGGCCUGGAUUACUUUGCACGACCCUAUGAAAUGGAUACAUCGAGUUUGCUCCUUCCCUCCCAGUCCUCCUUUACCUCAGUGACGGAUACCUGUCGUCCGGGGGAUGAAAGGGCCGUGUCUACCCACGAAGUUACCCUUGAGGAGGAAGAAGAAGAAGAAGAAGAGCAGGAGGAGUGAAGAGAAGUGACAGGACACAUCAAGUAUACUUUCCCUCUCCCAGUUCUCCCUCAUCUCUAUGACAGAUACCCGGCUUCCUUGGGACGAAAUGUCUGUGCCUAUCCACGAAGCUGCCCUUGAGGAACAAGGCGAAGAAGAAAAAAAGGAAGAAGAAUGAUAACAAUAAUAAUAAUAAUAAUAGCUAUUAGUGAAGGAAAAGUGAUGUGGCAGUUUAAUUAGUCAAUUUAAUUCAUG